CGUGCGUGCCGUGCGUGCCAUGCGUGAGCGUGCGCGGGCGCGUCGGCCGGCGAGGGAGCAGCAAACGGCCGGCGGCAGGCGCCGCGCGGGGGGCGGGCGGCGCGGAGGCGGCGGUGGCCAUGGCCGAGGCGUCGCCGCAACCAGGACGGUACUUCUGCCACUGCUGCUCGGUGGAGAUCGUGCCGCGCCUGCCGGAUUACAUCUGCCCAAGGUGCGAGUCUGGCUUCAUCGAGGAGCUUCCAGAAGAGACCAGGAACACAGAAAACGGCUCGGCCCCCUCCACGGCCCCCACUGACCAGAACCGGCAGCCAUUUGAGAAUGUGGACCAGCACCUGUUCACGCUGCCACAGGGAUACAGCCAGUUUGCUUUUGGCAUCUUCGACGAUAGCUUUGAGAUCCCCACGUUCCCUCCUGGGGCCCAGGCUGACGAUGGCAGGGACCCUGAGAGCCGACGAGAAAGAGAGCACCAGUCUCGGCAUCGGUACGGGGCCCGACAGCCCCGUGCCCGCCUCACUGCACGGCGGGCCACUGGCCGGCAUGAGGGCGUCCCCACCCUGGAAGGGAUCAUCCAGCAGCUCGUGAAUGGCAUCAUCUCUCCGGCCGCUGUACCCAGCCUGGGCCUUGGUCCCUGGGGCGUCCUGCACUCGAACCCAAUGGACUACGCCUGGGGGGCCAACGGCCUGGACGCCAUCAUCACGCAGCUCCUCAAUCAGUUUGAGAACACCGGCCCCCCACCUGCAGACAAGGAGAAGAUUCAGGCUCUCCCCACGGUCCCAGUCACAGAGGAGCACGUGGGCUCAGGGCUGGAGUGCCCAGUGUGCAAAGAAGACUACGCGCUGGGCGAGAGUGUGCGGCAACUGCCCUGCAACCACCUGUUCCACGACAGCUGCAUCGUGCCCUGGCUAGAGCAGCAUGACAGCUGCCCGGUCUGCCGCAAGAGCCUCACUGGACAGAACACGGCCACCAAUCCCCCAGGCCUGACUGGUGUAGGCUUCUCCUCGUCCUCAUCCUCAUCCUCGUCCAGCUCACCCAGCAACGAGAACGCCACAAGCAACUCCUGAGUCCCACCUGGCCAUCCCCCCGGGGCUUGGUCAUCCCACCCACCCCAGGUGCCCCAGCACCGCCCGCCAUGGCUGUGGACUAGAGGUGCUGCCCCCCAUGGCGGCCGGCAGCACCGGGCGGGCCCCAGGCUGCGGGCAGGCUCGGACUUGGCCAUGGCUGCUCCUGUUUGGAGGUGUGCACAUGGGUCCCAUGUCCCCAGCAGGCGCCUUCAGUCCGUCUUUAACCUCACCCUCCAAAUGUUCAACGGCAGAAGGGUUUUUAUGAUUUUAAAUUAUUACUGCUUUGAAAUAAAUGGACGUUUGAGCCACGUGCGGCCAUGCAUGAUCUGUGGAGAGUCAGCAGAACUGUCGCCAGGCCCAGCCCGCCACAUGCCCUGGGAGGCCGGGCCCAGCACCCACAGCACCGGCCUCGGGACCACGAGGGUGACCAGCAGACCCAGGAACAAACUGCUCCAGCAGACAUUUUUUUUUUUUUUAAGGGAAAUGUGUGUUAUCUGGAAAGCUAUUUAAAAUACACCUACUCAAAAAAGCAGA